UCGUAAAGUUUAUUUCGCUUUGCCGAAUUUCGAGCAACUUUUACGCGUUAAAAAUAGCUCGCCAUGGCCCCACAGCCGGUGGUAACGGGACUGUCCCCCAAGGAGGGUCCACCUGGCACCCGUGUCAUCAUACGCGGCGAGUUCCUGGGCACCCGAGUGCAGGAUUUAAUUGGCCUGAAGAUCUGCGGCUCCGACUGCCUGCUGUCCGCGGAGUGGAAGUCACCCAACAAGAUCAUAGCACGCACGGGUCCAGCGAAGGGCAAGGGCGACAUCAUAGUGACCACUUUGAGUGGCGGUGUGGGCACUUCCACAGUGCAGUUCCGCGCCUAUCAUGAGACCAUCGGUCCGCUGAAGGAGUCGGCUGUGUGGAUCGAGGAGUCGCCAUCGCAAAACUUUGCCUGGGGGCGGCGCACCUUGGCCCAAUCGGGUCUGACCCAGGAGGAUCCACUGGGCCUGUCCAUUGAGGGCAAUGAGCAAAAGAUACCAGAGGACUUGCGGGAUCUGUUCCCCGACGCCUGCGGCGAUCUGUCGCAGGAGCAUUUUUCACCGUCCUGGUUCCUGCUAGAGAAUCAUCUGGCCACCUCGUUCGAGGACCUCAAGGCGGGUCUGGCCUAUCUAAAGCGCAAGGUGGAAAGCCAGAAGGAGGGACAGCUGUCGUUUCUGAAGUCUAAUGCGGGAUCCGUCAUUGAUCAGCUGGACACGCUGAUGAACAUCAGGGACAAGCUGCAGGAGGACGUCAAGCUGCACGGGAACGAGCAACUGAACAUUCUAGAGGCGUCCAUAGAGAACUCCAUCAGCGAGUCCCAAAAGAUUUUUACGGAUGUGCUGGUGCGCAAGGAGAAGGCCGACUCCACACGCUCUGUUUUGUUUGCUUUGUCGCGUCACAAGUUCCUCUUCUGCCUGCCCAACUCUGUGGAUAGGCGGGCCAAGUCAGGCGACUAUGACAUUGUGGUCAACGACUAUUCCCGCGCCAAGAAUCUCUUUGGCAAGACGGAAAUACCCAUAUUCCGCAAGGUGCUCGAGGAGGUGGACCACCGCAUACUCUCCAUACGCAAGCAGCUGCACGAGAAGGUGGUAAAGAUGCCUCAGAGCGUGGAGCAGCAGAAGAAGUUGAUCAAGGCUUUGACCAGCCUGGAGCUGCAGCAGAGUGGCACGCCCAUUGGCGAUAAGCUGCGGAACAUUGAUCCUGCGUGGGAUGCCAUCGAGGCCAGGGCCAAGUAUCUGGAGUCCACCUUCCGCCAGACAUUCGAGCAGCAUGCCAGCAAGGAUUCACCGGGUGCCCAGGAGAAGUCCAAGAGCAGGGAUCCCAGCCAGACGCCCAGUCGGGUGAACUUCUGCGAGGAGCUGUGCGACAUUGCCGCCUCCCAGCUGCCGGACUUGUGGCGCCUGGGUCAGCUGUACUUCACUGGAGAGCUGCGCGGUCCCCAUGAUCCCAAGCCCGGCGACUUUAAGCGCAUGGUGCUGACUGCCAUUGAGAAGUUUUGUGUCUACUUGCGGCUGGCCAUCCUUAUUGCUGCGGAUCAGCGGGCCCUGCGCCAGACCAGCGGGCUCUCCUGGCCCAUUGGCUCUGCCUCGGCCACGCAUCAGUUCUUGCCCUGGAUUCCGCAGUGUCUGCGCUACACAAGGAUCGCCUAUGCCUCGCUCAUCAGCCUGGACCUGCCCUCGGAGGCACUGGACAUCAUACAGAAGCUUAUCGAUGAGGUGCGUCUAUUUUGCUUCUCAAUCAUCUUCAAGCGGGCCACGGAUCGCUGCAAGAAGCUGGGCACACAUGAGACCUGGGAGCUCGGAGUGGAGGAAUAUCCAGGCGCCACUCUCUUACCGGCCGCCCUCGAAGCUCUCCUCAUCGAAACACUGGAUGAAGUGCAGACAGUGUGCAUGCAGCCGGAGGCAAGGGAGGGCAAUCUUCUGGAGCCGCAGUCGGAUGGCCAGCGGGAGGUGACCCAACGGCUGCAGGAGUUCCUUUCCGCCUUCAGCGGUGUCAUCGAAGAGCUGGCCUUUCACUCCCACGACGAGGAGACACCCACGCACAAUGUGUCACAGUUGCUGGGAUUCCCGAAUGCCCAGCAGCCAGAUUCGGUGGCUGGAAGUGGAGGAGGAGUAGGAUUAGGUAGUGGCACAGCAGCUGUCACCUGGGAGCAGCGCAUGCUCUGCUGCCUGGCCAACUAUGCGUACUGCAACAAGAGCUUCUUCCAGCAUCUUGGUGAGAUAUUUGUGCGCUACGGCUACCCACUGCCCACGCUGGCCAUCGAAACGGCCAGGUACACGGUGAACCAGCUCUUUACCAAUCUACUGGAGGAGUACGUGGAGCACAAGGGCGACCCGCUGGUGGGCACCAUCGAACCCUCCAUGUACCUGGGUCGCUUCCAAUGGGAUCACGAGAUGGAGAUUGGUCAGCUGCGGCCGUAUGCCCACGAGUGCUGCGAUAAUCUGGUCGGCGUCUACUCGGAGAUCUACAGCAUAUCGCCGGCUUUAUUGCGACCGAUCCUCGAGUCAAUUGUGCAGACCAUAUCCGAGGAGCUGGCCCGCCUGAUGAGCUGUGUCCAGCGGUUCAGUUUUACGGGCGCAAUUCAGGCGCAUGUGGACAUACGCCUGCUGAGGGAUGCCCUGGAGGGAUAUGUCAAUGAAACGGCCAAAAACUAUUUCAUGGAGGCACUGGAGGCCAUCAAUCCCCCCCUGAAUGGCGAGCAGAAGCGCAAGGCGGACGAGAUCCUGGAGCGGGUUAAGCGGAAUAUGCGGCUGCAGUUGCUCUGUUUUGGGGUCAAGGAACCAUAAGGACAUUCCACUGCCAACUUUUAGAUAGAUAGCCUUAACGAUAAUAGCUUGUGAUGACUCCCGAUCUUCUGGGAUAAAGAUAAACCUUUAUUGCAAAAA